AGGUCGCUGCGCGCUCCCGGGUCCUGUAGCUCAAUACCGGGAUGGACAGAGACAUUAGCGGCGGGGGGAAGCGGAUGCUGAAGCUCUAAGAGGAUCAAGGGGGAGAAAUGCGUGUUUUUUUCCCCUGAACUCCAUCCCCCCCAUCCUCCCGGGAGAUGCAGAGAGCUGAGUGAUGCUGCACAAAGGGCUGUGCGCGCUGGGGAGGAUGCAGCAUCCUGCAGGAGGAGCGCACUGAGCAGCAGAGACAGGGAGGAGCAUCCACCUGCUGCAAGCACAGCUCCCUCUCUCUCUCUCGCUCUCUCUCUCGCUCCCACUACUUGCCCACUGCACAGGGAGGGGGAAGAGCUCACUGAUCCAGGGCACAGGGGCAGCCACUUACUCAGCCACCUCACUCUAUUCUCUGAGCCAGCCCUGAGCAGCACUGAGCCACCUUGGAUUAGGGUACUAUUGAGCCAGCACACUUGCUGGGCACCCACUCACUACUGAGAUACUACAGGGACUCCCUGAUCCAGAGGACACUAAGUGGUUUAUCGCUGGAGAGGCUGUAACAACCAUUCAUCCUCCACCGCUUCCAACCAAUGAGCCUGCCACUAGAAAGCCAGAAGAUAAAGUGGGCACUUUACUAGUAGAGUGAUAGGAGCGCUGACCCCAAACACUCCUCCAUACAAGCAGCAAGAGCCAGCCCCUGGCAUGUGAGGAUACCUUCAACUAGGACCCCAUGUUGCAACGCUGUCAUUACCAGCUCUGAUUAAUGACAUCAGAAGAAUAAGCUUUAGAGAAGGGGUGAGGCUCCAGGAGGACGUGUAAUUUGGAACAUCAACAUGAGAAUCCUCGACUAAGAAGGUCUGCUGUGUGUCCACCUGCUUCCAGAAUCCAGAUAAAUUCUCCCUGUCCUGAAUGAGUAUUGUUUGCUGAAUAUGACUCGCGGUUGAAAAUUCACAGGAAAUAUACCUGCAGACUAUUACGACUGGACACCCGCAGUGAGUUAUGGAAUGAGCACCACCACGAUAAAUUAAUGGACAGCCAGGAAGAAAAAGACCCCGCUGUACACGGAGCCAGCACCCUUCUGAUAAAUGGGAUAAAUGAAAAUGACCUGCAUGAUCCCGAAAAUAAUGUGAAGUCCUACAAUGCUGCAGAUGCUGCUGUUACUUUUCCUGCCUUAACGCAGAAGGAAACCCAUGUUUGUCACAGAGCAUUGCCCCCCAUCAGUUCCAAGGAAACCUGCUUACUGAGCCCUCCAUCUCCAUUGAGGUUGUCCGAUGCAGCUGAUCACGUUGCCUGUGACCCCUCUGCACAGGCCAUUUCCCUGACAACCUGUGUGACCAAGGGCUUGAGUGCCUGGUCCUUGCCCAGUGAAAGUGAAAAAACACAAUUUACCAUCAUGGAACCUGGGGCAAUAUCUGCACUUACCGACGACUGUUUGAUGCAACAAAGUCGGACAUGUCUAGGCUGCUUUAUAGAAACGAAAGAUGGCGUUGACCCAGAGCCAGGAGUAAGUCUAAAAAUGGGAGAUAUAAACAGGGACUAUGAUACUUGUCCAGUAUCGGACAUUGGGAUUCACUGCAUGAGCACAGGGGAUAAUUUAAAAUAUGGAGACCAGCUGCUUUCUGACCAGCUCCUCAGCUUUCCUGUUCAUAAGUCCGAGGAAGUAGACAAAAGAGACACAGAAAAACCAUCUGACAGUGACUCAGAGGACCCCACACAAAAGAAUUAUUAUGAUGGGCUUCUGCUGGACAAGUGCAAUGGGGAGGAGGCUCUGCUAACCAACGUAAACCAAGAGUGGGGCUACUUUGAGUCGUUUAUCAGUGAAAGUAAGAUUGAACUUCUAGACUUGUGCUCCAAGAAUGAGCUGUCAGUUAACUUAUUUUCGGAAGAAGAUGUUGAUAAUUACAUGUUUGAUGACGAUGACUCUACACUGGGUAGUGAUGUUUGUUCUCUUAAGAUCAGAUAUGAGUCAUUCCAGGACAAUGUGAGAGAAAAGACGACUGCCCUCCAGGAGGAUGCCCAGUUUAAUUUUUUCCCAAGUGUCUUCUCCAACUGCACUAAAAAGGAAAGCAAAAGCUCAAGAAAGAAAGCAAUGGACCCUUCAAAUUUCAAACUCGAGGAAGGGGGAAUCUGGGAAGAUGAUGAUGACGAUGAUGAAGAAGAAAUUGAAGAAGAGAGCGUGGAAGUUAAAUCCAACAUGAAUAAAUCUAGUGGAAGCAUGGAUGUGGUACAAUAUAUCAGCACAAAAAGAAAUCACUUUUUGGAUUCAGUCAAUUCGGCUGAAGACUCGGGAGAGUACAGCGAUGACAGCUCAUGCAGUGAGUCUUCAUAUGAUGUUCUGGGAGACAUUAAGGACUGUAGCAGGUAUUUGUCCCGUGAGCACUCUCAUUCACUCAUCCAACCAAAUUAUGGUCUUAGAGAAAAGAGAAAAGUCAGGUACAGCGAAGACUAUUUGUAUGACAUGGAUUCCUUGGAGAAUGAGAAAGUUGUGGAGAAGAAGGAAGAAGCUCCAGUUGGCCUCAAAGAAGAAGAUGAUGAUGACUGGUGCCCCAAAAAAAGAAGGAAAGUGUAUAGAAAGGAGCCUCCAGUUAUUAUAAAAUACAUCAUUGUCAACAGGUUUAAAGGGGAAAAGCAUAUGCUUGUCAAACUUGGCAAGCUCGACGCCAAUGAAACUACAGUUACUCUGAAUGAUGUCCAACUUGGAAAAUAUGAAAAGCUUGCACCCCUCAAAGACUACUGGGUGGAACAUCAAAGGAACGCAUCAGCCAUGCAUGGAAAAACUAAUCCUGAUGGGUCUGAAAACCCUGUCCCACCCAGAAAGAGAAAAGGGCAGUUAGCAAAUAGACACAGGCUGCAGAGGAUACAAACCAUUGAACAACCAUUGAUCAGAGAGGGCCUUUCCUCCUAUGAAAACAGACAAGCAUGCAGUAGCAAAGAUGAUGCCAGCCUUAAUGACUUGCAUACAUUAGCCAUAGAAAACCCGAACUGCAUUAAAAGAUUGCAUUUAGGUGAUGUGAUUUCAGAUGUUGCUCCAGUGCGGAGCAGAACUUUAGAAAGAGAGCUUAAAAACAAAGAGAGGAAGGUAGUUCGUAGAAUCAAGUUUAAAAGUGAAGCCAGACUGAAGUGCAAACAGCUCAAACUGGAGCAGGUAGAUGACAUUAAUGUUCAAGAUACAAGUGCAGUCUAUCCAGCUAUGGAAAAUCAGAACUCCACAACUCUUAUAAAAGAGGAAGCAAUUCAUUGUGCAUCAGACAAUACCCAUCUAUCUCAAUGCCAUGCUGAUAAUGAUGCUAAAAAUUCUUCUUUUUUACAAGCCACCUGCUCUCCCGACAAGCCAGUACCAUCUGCUCACAUAACUACCAAUGUACCCGUUCUCCCUGGCGGCUAUCUGCAGACAUUGUUAGAUGCAUCAGAUUCAUCUAGCAGCACUGGCAUCACAUACUUUUCACCACAUCCCUUGGGGCAGCAAUCACUCCAUGUCAUACAGACAGAAAAACAGUUUAAUUCUCUCCAACUUGCACAGAGCUGUGUUCUUUCACCCCCUUCCGAAUCUGAGCUUCAGCAAUCACCCCAUCACUUAGAUAUGGAACAGAACUUCCCUGAUAUGUGGCAUGGAAAGUCCUCGAGUAGUCAAACUGAGUUCAUUGCAAACCUUAGGGAAGUGUCCGUCAUAUCUGGGGCAUUCACAGGCUCUACAGCUGUAUCUGAUGCAGACAUCACUGCUUCUGGAUAUAGUCAAGUUCAUCCAAAUACCACCAAACAGCUGUACCACAAAAUAUAUUUGCCUGAGGACCAGAUUCAGCAAGAUGACUCUUACCAACCUUGUCAUUAUAGCAAUGGAGAUGGGCGCUUCACUCUACAGAGAGGGACGCUUACCACAGACAAUGGAAGGCUUAUUAGUUUUGACUCAGUAGGCUCAUUGUCUGUUGGUUCCAGUAAUUACAGCUCAUUGAGUUUGAAGUCAUGUGAAAAGGAUGGUGAGGAUGAAAUUAGCGAUGAUUUCCUAGCCCACUGUAGCCCCAAACUUGUCAUACAGCAGAGCAUUGAUGAAAUCACACCAUUAAAAGAGUCCACUGACCUUUUAGACAUCUCCAAUUUCACCCCUGAUAAGUUUAGGCACUCUUCACUUUCUGAAAUGUCCCCACCUGACACCCCUAACCUCUCCCCCCAGAUUGCAGGUCCAGAAGUAAAGUCUGUCGCUAACCUAAAGGGCUUCCAGAAUGGCAACCAGGCGGUGCACAGCAGCCCAGAGAAAACCAAGUGGAACUGUACUGUGCAUCCUUCUCAGGAGCAGAACAAUAAUGGCUUUGCACUGAAUAAUCACCAGUUCCAGUUCCACAUGUUUAAUGAUGAGGAUUCUGUGAGUGUUUUGGAAAAGGGCCCAUGUUUAACUGCAUUUGAUGAAACUGCAGGGGCCAUUACCAGCAACAGUAAAGCAUCAAAGUCUAAAAAGAAAACAACAGCCAGCAGAAAUGCCGGUUGCAACCAAAGCUCUCCUCCAAAAAGUACCAAGAAAAAAUCCCCCAAAGUUAACAAAGGUGCAGAUAAAACGCAAGUAAAAGCUCCUCGGCAAGCAGGUCCAAAGUCGUCCAAAAAAGGCAAAAAUGACAAGAGCCAAAGUGCAGGCAGCCGAACAGGCCAGUUGAACAGUGCACUCCCCACAUCCAAGGCUGACACCAUGCAGCAUUUUGGACCUGGUGCUUCGAAGGCAGGAAAGCAGAACAACUGGACGUCUGAAAAAAGUGGUGGGUGGCCUAAUUCAAAGAAAGGAAAUGCCAACAAUCUGAUUGAUGAUGACCAAAGGGAGUUUGAAGAACCAUCUAAUAUUCUGUCCAACAUUGCAUCUGGCAUGGCUGAUGUUCAAAGGUUCAUGAUGGCCUCAAUGGAGCCUUUUUAUAGUCCUGUUUGCCAUAACAACAUUCCUGAUAUCUUGGUGUCUCCAGAGUCCAACAGCUUGAAACUAAAAACUCUAAAAAUUCUUGCUGGGACCCCACAGGAGCUCAAAAAGAAGAUAAAUGGCAGCUCAGCUGGGAGCACAAAGAAGUCUGCAAACAAGGGCUCAGGUAAGAAGUUAGGGGUGUUUGACCCCAGCUGCCCUCUGGGUUAUGGAGCAAACCUUCACUCCGCCUUUUUUGAUAAGAACUUUGGAAACCUAAGUAUUUUAACCAAUACUGUACCGACUCACAAAAAGCUGUACCGUCACAAGUCAACAUCGAAAACGUUAAGGGAAGAAAAUUUUAAAGGGAAAAGAUUGGACCAAGCCCAUAAGGACCCUUCGGUCACAAUUGCGCUCGAAAAACUGAGGUAAUGCUGCACCAAAGUGGCUAAAGUAUCUCCUUUAUGUUCCUCAUUCCUGCUAAGCCUGCUGAUUUCUGUUUUAGUUCCUUUUUAAUUCUGGCUACAAGUCUGCAUGAUACAACCAUUGCCUUGCAAAGACUAAAACAAACAUAAAAAAAGGCUGUGCAUGUCAUAUUCUAACAAGCUACCUAUUAUGACUGAUUUCUGACUUGGUCAGGGUUUUACAUUGACUAAAUCUAACAAAGCUUCUAUUUUCUGCAGUUUGGCAUUCUUUAUUUAUAAGAUACAUUACGUGCUUUAUUGAUAUUCUAGCGCAAAGACCUUUUUUUCUUUGUUUUUUUGUUUUCAAACACUUUGUAAAAAAUCUACAAAAAAAAAUAUGCAUCAAAAAGCCACAAUGUGGAAUUUAAAGGAUUAUAACAAAUUCUCGUGUUGAUUUUUUUUUUCCCCGCAUCAUGUGGUCCCAUGAUGUGUUCUUCGGCUCCCCCUGCUGAGCUUUUCGCAGAUCUGCGUUGGAAAACCAGAUGCCUGAAACUGUGUUUACAUUGUAACCACCCCCCUAUUGGAUUAUCAAGAUGACACCAAGCAAUUUUUUCUGCAGGGAGUCAAGAAUUCAUACAAAGCGGGGGGGGGGGGGGGGGGGAAUACACUUUUGAUUUUUUUUCAAGAAAAGACAUCUUUUUUUUAAAGAAGAAAAAAUAAAAUCGAUGUUUAUGUUUUUUGUUUCUUUGGUGGCGGGGGAAACUAUAAAUGCCUUGUGCUUUGUUAAUCUGUUAAGUGCUGAAAAUCGAGGGUUUGAAUUGUGACGACUUGUUUGAAGGGCAGCUUAAUCUGGUAUUCUCUGUGAAAGACUGUUUAUAAAGUCAUACUGUUGUACAGUAAUUAAUGCACUAUUUACAACCCAUGUGAAAUCUGAAAACAAUGUGCCAAACUCUGAUCUGUGACUGUACAUAUAUAUAGGAUAAAAUAUAUAUAUAUAUAACUAGCAGGCAUAUCAUUGGGGUGGUGGGGAUAUUUUGUGAACCUAAGCCUUUUGCUUUACUGCAAACAUUCCAAAAUAUAUAUUUUUAAUUCACCUACUCCGGAGCACCUAAAUCCACAAAAUACGGAUACAUUUGGAUUUGGUUGGGAUUUUAUCAUCUGCAUAAUUAACAAAGUUGAAAUGUGCCAUAAUUUCUUACCUCAUAACAUAAGAUCAUUGUGUUUAUGUGACAUAAAUAUACCCAGAAAGACCAAAGGCUAUAAAGAAACCAUGGGGCUUACGCUGAAACUCUUAGCAACCAAUCAGCAGCUAGCUUUUGCUGGUACAGUACAAUAAUAAUAAUAAUAGCAGACAUCUGAUUGGUUACUGAAAAUCUUGCACGUGCACCUGCCUAACCCCAAUAGUCUCUCUUAUUGUCUAUCAGUGUUCUGCUCCACAUUCUAUGCAUUCAACCACUGCACAAAUCUACAAAAGAGAAUGAGUGGAGUAUCUUCAGUCUCUGUGCUAUCUUGUGGCUGGGGACAAAAAGUAUAUAUGCACUAGACUGGCAUUGCAUUUUAUGAUGCCUUUCAACUACAGCAGAGAUCUGCAACCUGGAGCUGUUUAAUUGUUGCCAAACUACAGCUCUCUACAUCCAGAGAAUUCAAAUAUCAAGUGCAAAGUUGGCUACAGAUCUAGAAAGCCACAGUGCCCAAUCAGAUUUUAGCUUUCAAACAGUGGGUCAAUACAAGGUACGCUACUUGCUGGCUGGUUGCUGUGGGUUACAAGACUUAGAACAGCCUUUGCCCCUUUCUAUUACAUUCCACGAUAUAGCAGGAUGUUCACUUAUUACAAACUAGAAUAUAGUCAGGACACUGAGUUAAAUUUAUGUUCUUGUUGAUUUGUCAGCCCUGAUUUUCUCAUGCUGCGUGACUUACAUUGUUAUUAUUGUGUGUCUAUGUUUACCCAAACGGUUUUCAAUUCACUGCCUUCAGUGUUUACCUGUGAAUGGGGGCACCCUGGAUACUACAGGUUAUAGGAAGGGAUUUUUGCUAAAGGGAAAAUAUACUUUUUAAAUAUGUAUGGCGUUCAUCUCUACAUAUUAGAGGGAAAUACAAAUAUAUAGCUUAAGAAAAUGUUCUUUUGCAGAAUGGCCUUUGUACUGAAUUCAAAAAAAAGAACUUAAAGGAUUUCCUACUUAUACACAGGAUAUAGUGUCCCUUUAAAUAUAAACUAGUUUAAUAGGUCAGUAAUUCCCCAGGUUCCUCAUAUUUAAAAAAAAAUUCUAGUUACAUUUUUAAAAGAAACCCUUGAAUGAAAUGAAUCCGAAUUGUUCUCUUAUAAGCACUUCAGCAUUUUACUUUUUUUUUCAGUUUUUUUUUUUUUAGUUUUUACACUGCUAAUAUAAUAUAUUUGAAACAGCUGCAGCAACAGCAGACCAGUCGGUUGAAAAUGAAAUUAGUGAGAAGAGGAAAGUCCUGUGAUAACGACUCUUCUCUUCUCAUUAACUACAUUUUCUGAGCAGCACUACACCACAAGACAUCGCUUUGCCGACUGUAUUUCUUUAGCCGAAUUGAACAGCAGAUGGUGCUGUUGUUUCAAGUGAAUUAUAUAAGUAGUGUGAAACUGAUAAUAUCUUGAAAACUAGAAUAAGAGGUAAUUAAUGUAAUGAAGAACACUCUGAGCAAUUUUACAUUCAUUAGUUUUGAGGGCUUACAUCUCUUUUUAGAGAAAGAUAUCCUUUUUAUAAGAACAUAUUGUCUUUUUUUCUUUUUUAACUGUCUUUUUUUUAAUCUAGACAUAAGGGCAUAGCUUUGUGUGUGCACAGGUUAUUAAUUGCCUGCUACUUUGCAUUUAUACUGGAAUGGUGGUUGCCUCAGAUGAGGUACACUCAAACUUUCCUUAUAAACAGCAUGCACAGUUUAAAUGCAAAAUAAUAGGACGAUUCAUUCGCAUAACUUCUGGGCGUUGUAUCAUGUAUUACAGGUAUCUGACCCAUUAUCUGGAAACCCGUUAUCCAGAAAACUCCGAAUUACACGGAAACCAUCUCCCAUAGACGCCAUUCUAUCCAAAUAAUUCAUAUUUUUAAAAAUGAUUUCUUUUUUCUCUGUAAUAAUAAAACAAUACCUUGUACGUUAUCCCAACUAAGAGAAUUAAUCCAUAUUGGAGGCAAAACAGGCCUGCUGUGUUUAAUUCAUCUUUAAUUCAUGUCUAAAUUACUGAAAGGUCUGUUAUCUGGAAAACCCCAGGUCCCAAGCAUUCUGGAUAACAGGUCCCAUACCUGUACUAGUCUAACACUCCUGACAGCCGAACCACAGACACCAGUGACCAAUUUCAAUUUAAUUUAGCAUCAACAGCCAAAUUCCACCAAGAAAUAUAUUGCCGUUGUAGAAAAAAAUACCCUAUCCUUUAAAUGCCAACUUUGUCAUGUGUUCACUAAUGUGCCAUAACCAACUAUGUGACAUGUGACCUGAGUAGGCUUGAUGUUGGGCAGAAGGUUUAUUUGGAGGGGGUCUAUGCAUCAAGCUUUUACAAAGGGCAUUUUGCAAUAAUUAUGAUUUCAAAACAUUGUGCCUCAGAACAGCAAUAUACCAAGGUAAAUUCAGCUUUAUUUUGGUCCAGAUGAAUGGUGUAUGGGCGUAUAUAGGAGAAGGAGGCAUAGUGUAUUACAUAUUGGGGGAUAAAAAAAAGUGCCAAACAUGGAAGGGGACGGACAUUAUUUACACUACUGUUCUAUAUACGUCGGGGUAAUCAUUAAAGCUAAGAAAUCUCAUAAACCAUGUAUUUUGCCAUUAAGGGGUCAGGAUAAAGUAUUAAGCUGUCACUAUUGUCUUAAACAAAGGCUGAGUGUUAAGAAAAAAGCUACAUGUGUGUGUGUCUGCUUGUGUAUGUGUUGGUGUGUACAGACACAUACAUACAUGAAUAUAUACACAAACCUAAGUCUGUACUUGGAAUGCCAUUGUUUUUUUCUCCAAAUGGAAGUUAAAUAUCUAAAAUGUUCUUAACCUUAUAU